AUUUUUUUUUUAGGAUACAUCGUUUUACUUAGUCAACGCGCACUGUUGGAAAACAACUUUGAAUCAUGACUUAACAUUCACUGGUGCCUGAAACUCUGGAGAUGUUUUGAGUGCGCAAAAAUCUCCCACUCAAGAGUCUCGGAUGUUAUUGAAUUUGCGCGAACUUGAAUGGAACAAACACACCGACUGUCUUUUCCUCAUUCGAGCCUUCUGCUGCGAAAUCAUAGAUCACCACAUUAGGUACACCUGCAUUAUCUAAUGACAACCAAGUGCAAGAGAUGCAUCCCAAAUGUUGCCUUUGCGAAGCUGCAGCUCCACCCGACUGCACCGUCACGUCCCGCCCACACGGCCCGCCGUCCCGCCGUCCCGGGGGCGGGUGGGCACCAUGUGGGUUCUGGAUAAGAUCCGCGGCUCGGUGGAGACGGGCGUGCUGCGGCACGGGGAGAACGGCGACAAGAAAGGCACGGCGCCGCCCUACUCCAACGUGCUGACGCCCGACAAGAUCCCGGACUUCUUCAUCCCGCCCAAGCUGGUCAGCUGCCCUCCCGAAGCCGAGGCGGCGAAGCCCAAGGAGGACUUGCAGCCUUCGUCGUCGGAGCAAACCAUCGGCGGCGGGAGGAAGAUCAGCGUCGCCAAAAGCCCCCGCCUGGGGGCCAAGCUGGCGGGAGACACCAAGAACCUGCUGAAGGCAGCCAACCGCCACAUUAUUCAGAUCGAGAGCGCCGACGACGUCGUGGCCGGGGACACCAACGCAGACCCCCAGUCGCAGACCGCCAUGUCUCUCCCCUACGUCCCCAAGACUCAAACAUCUUACGGCUUCACCACAUUGAAGGAGAGCCCUCACACUCGCCGCAAGGAGUCGCUCUUCCACUGCGACAUCGGCAGUCCCGUGACCUCCCCCAACAGCCAGAGGAAGACCCCGGGCAAGGGCGACGGAGGCGGAGGCGGCAACCACCUGAACCCGGCCGACUUCAACGCCUCCCACGUGAACCCGUACCGCUACUUCAGCGGCGGCGAGAGCGACACCUGCUCCUCGGCCGAGUCGUCGCCCUUCAGCUCGCCGCUGCUGUCUCGUUCCGCCUCGCUGCUCAAGAUCUUCACGCACGAGACGCAGGCCAGGGUGGUGAAGGCCAAGCGCUCCUUCGCCCGCCACAGCUCCCUGUCCACCGACGAGUGCAGCUCGGCCGAGCCCAGCCCCGGCGUCCAGCGCCGGUUGCGCAUCCCGUCCUUCCACUGCGGAGGCGCGCCGGCUCCGGAGCACGCCUCUCAGCGGGAGCACACGGUCAACUUGCACAAGGGCGGCAGCGUCCGCAUCAGCGCCCACUACGACGCCGGCACCUCCCGCCUGCGCGUUCGCGUCCUGGUGGCCGAGAGUCUCUACGACAAACACUUUGACAUCAAGAGCAUCAACUGCUGCGUGUCGGUCUACCUGAACCCCGGCAAGAUGCAAAAGCAACGCAGCAACAUCAUCAAGAACAGUCGCAACCCCGUCUUCAACGAGGACUUCUUCUUCGAUGCCGUCGGCCCGCUCCAGGUCAAGAACCUGUCGCUCAAGCUCAAGGUGGUCAACAAAGGUACCAGCCUGAAAAGGAACACCCUGCUGGGGGAGCGCGAGGUCCUGCUGAGCAAGCUGCUCUCGGGGGUCUAGUCUCCAAAGAGCAACCGGAAACCCAAACCACUUCUGAACACACAGGACACGAUAGCCGUGGGACUGAGGAAUCAACCACUUUACCCGGCACGCGGUUUAUACAGCAAGCGGCGUCUUAUCUCAUGUGCGCGGGCGACCACCGGCCUUGAGCCUUUUGAUAAUUUGUCUAACUGAGCUGAAGUCAAGAAUGAGUUCUCUCUCUAAUGUAAUUGAUUGUACCCUUUUGGGGCUCACUCAACCCCCAAACCAAAUUCAAAUUUCCCAAUACAAGAAGACGUCAACCUUUAAGAGUUGACUUCUGCUGCGUCACCGAGCUGGACGCUACGGGUUCACGCUCAGCUCACUUGUUAGCGAGGGUUCUCAUACUUUUUUUUUUUUUUUUUUUUAGUUCUAGGAAGCCCUAGGAGACAUUUUCACAAGGACUUAAGAAAAAAUACAAAUAAAAAAGGACUUUAUUCAUGCAGUUACAUCACAAUCAUUUUAGAACUUUGAAUUGGCCCAAAGCUAAGUUAUGGAAGUGUAAUUGCUUUAUCAUGUUUGUUUAAUCGGCUUGCGGGUCCCCAUAGUGUGUGUUGGUAUGGAAAUGAUGCCACAUAAUAAUGUAUUGCAAAUUAUUUUGCGGACCCCUGGGGAUUCCCUGGUCCUCGGUUUGGAAACCACUUUCGGAAGCAGUGUGACAUCACGGCAGACAGCGUCGCCGUCACACUAUCGCCACGGAAACCGCAGCAGUUUGUUUGAAGAAAUGGAAAACUUUACUUGUAUCAAAGAAAUGUUCAUUUUGGGACCAAUUAAGCGAAACUGGCGGUUGGGAAUCGAGAACACGGAACAGCCGAAUGAAGUGAAGCAUAAGCAUGCUGCGCAGUUCGAACGUUCCCGACCUGGAUGAGGCUGUGACGUCUCCUGGUUUGCAAAGCCCCCAGUAACCAAUGUCCCCGCAAGCCAAUCGCGAGGUUGCCAGGUUUGCAUUUGGAUCCCCCUCCUCAGUGUACACUACAUGUGUCGCGCGCUUUGAUUAUGAUUGUAAUGCGACGCCUUGGCCACAAGCCGCAUGUGUCGGUGCACAAAGACGCUUUUGUGAGCCCC